CCACGCGAGCAGCGGCCGCGGAACCGCUCGGCUCGGCUCGGGUCACUUCGCUUCGGCUUGGCUUGGCUCCGCUCAUCUUACCUCACCUCACUUCACUUCGUUUCAGUUCGGCUCGGCUCAGUUUGCUUCGACUCGUCCCAGCUUGGUUUGUCUCGGCUCGGAGCCGCCGCUCCUCCGCCUCAGAUGGCUUCAGUAACAGAUGCCAGGUACAGGCAGAAGGAUACUUCAGACCAAAAUUUUGAUUACAUGUUCAAGCUCCUGAUCAUUGGCAACAGCAGUGUGGGUAAAACAUCCUUCCUCUUCAGAUACGCCGAUGACACCUUCACACCRGCCUUCGUCAGCACAGUGGGAAUUGACUUCAAAGUGAAAACAGUUUACAGGAAUGACAAGAGGGUGAAGCUGCAGAUCUGGGAUACAGCUGGACAAGAAAGAUACAGGACCAUCACCACAGCCUACUACCGAGGAGCYAUGGGCUUUGUCCUCAUGUAUGAUAUCACCAGUGAAGACUCCUUCAAUGCAGUGCAGGACUGGGCCACACAAAUCAAGACUUACUCCUGGGACAAUGCACAAGUGAUCCUGGUUGGAAACAAGUGUGACAUGGAGGAUGACAGGAUUGUUCCCGUGGAGAAGGGGCAGCAUCUGGCAGAUCAGCUGGGUUUUGACUAUUUUGAAGCCAGUGCCAAAGAAAACAUCAACGUGAGGCAGGUGUUUGAGCGUCUCGUGGAUAUAAUCUGUGAAAAGAUGUCGGAGAGCAUAGAGUCAGACAAUUCCAGGGGCACUUCUGGAAGGAGCAUGCGGCUCACAGACAACCCUCCCCCUUCACAGCAGAACUGCUCGUGCUAGUGACCUUUCACAUUGAGAAAUGUCCUUCUCCCCCGAUUAAAUUUUAUCUUUUCAUUUGUGGUGGUGCAUUAUCAUGUAGUCCAAAGACAGAAGUGUCUGUUGUGGGAAACUGGUAUGUUUGUUUAAUGUGCUGGAGUGUUAAUAUUAUGUAUUUCCUCAUCCAAUAAUUUAAUAAUCUGAAAAAAUAUUGUAAGUGCACCUCGUGUGAAUGUGAGUUACACUGAAGAAAAAUAAUUGUUUAGUGCUGAAAAUGUUAUUUCUACAGAGAAUGUUGCAUUUUUAAAUUAUAUAUUCCUGUAUUGCAGAAAGAGGUUUUGUUUUUUUUUUGUCAAGAACAGCAGGAAGCACAAAAACCAAUUAGAAGGGACCAGGUCUAAGAGAAAAAAGGGGAAAAUCUCUUAGAAAGCAAGAAUGUUCAUUUUUGUAACAAAAAAAAAUCAUCCCCAGAUAUUUUGAGAAUCAUUGCUGUCCUCCAGACCUGGACCUCAGUUUUUUCUGUAGGAUGGAGCAGAAAGCAGAGAAUUUGUCUGACAUUGUGAGGUAGUUGGCUGCUGCAUGCUUAGUUGGAGACAAAAACUGACUUAUAAGACAUGGAAUAGCACUGCCUGAGAGAGAUAAAAAUAUCAGGAGCCAAAAUGUGAAUGUUGGCAAAUAUUUGUGCCAAUAUUAUUAGAUUUUCUUUCUGCAUUUUCUUGUUGAUUUGUUUUUUUUAAUCUUGUGUUAGAGGGGCGCGUGUGUGGGGGGAUAGAUUUUCUGGUUUCAGGUUCAACCACAAAGUAUAAUUUAAGAAAAGGAAGAGUGAUUAAGUGAUUAUUAAAACACARCUGCCAAUGAAACGUGGCAAAGAUGUCCUGUUAGAGGUAUUCUGUGAACKUUUUGUUGCGUCAUGCUUUGAAGGGAGGAAAAAAUUUUCGACU